GAAUUCAGUGCUUUGCUGUGUUUCAAAGCAUCAAGUCAGUCUAAUUGAUUCACGUCGUUGAAACAGAAAGCCUAACGAAUUUGAAAAUUGUGUAAUCCUUUAUUUUAUGUUAAAUUUCUUGUACAAUAGAUUGUGCUGUAGUUCAUCGUUGUUCAUUGUUUGAAUGCAUAUUCGAACAUGAGGAAACUAUUGUAUUUCGUAAGCAUAGUUUGCUUGGCAAUCGAAGGGCUGAGUUUGUCCUUAGAUCCUGUUGCCUCCAAUGAACUUGAGCAAUAUAUGAAAAAAGAUUUCAUCAUUUCGCUUCGACAUAUACGGCCACGAAGGAAGUUUCGAUUAUCAAUAGAAGCUUUGUUUAUGAUUGACUUUCCAGCUUCAAAAAGUCAAUUUUCAUUUUAUCUGGAUCGCAAGAAAAAACGAGUGACAAUCGACAUAAACACCAAUACCAAAUUAUACUCAAAGUAUUUAGACAUAUCAGGGAUGAAUGAAAGUACAACAAUACGAUCGUUGGCCAUUCUAUUCAGAAAGACCUCGUUGGUUCUGUAUAUCGAUUGUAAGGAGGACACGAAGCUGGACAUGGAGUUCGACAUUUCAAAGCUGUACUUCACUGUAGACGAAUCGAAUGUUAAGUUGUUUAGAGAACGAAAGUAUCCACUGCAUUUGGAUUCUUCGGUUGAAAAUGCUCUUUCUAGAACAAGUUGUCAAAACUUAUUGAAACGGAAGCAAUUCAUAAAAUCAGGAUCAGCGAAUAAGUUACUCAAAAACAAAAAAUCCGUGUACGAGAAAGGUGAAGAUGGCGUUCCUCACGAGAAAAAUAAAAAGCGAGACGUGCGAAAUUGGCAUCGAGGGAACGAAAAAUUCCGCGAUGAACGCUACGGAAUUAGAAGUGCUAACACGAGAGGAGACAUACCAAUUCUUCAUGGAGAUUGCGACGAAAAUUUAUCCAAGUCUCUCAACGAGAUGAUUGUCCUGGUUAGAGAGUUACGCGAAGAAGUUAGACAACAGAGGGAGGAAAUUCAACAUCUACGAAGUUUAAUUGAGAAUUGUGCUGGUUGUCAAAAGGGACCUGGAGCUUUACGCGAAAACUGCCAAAGCAACAACCCUUGCUUUCCUGGUGUACACUGCUACGACACGCAGACUGGAAUUAGGUGUGGGCAUUGCCCACGGGGAUACAUUGGAGAUGGAAUAAGUUGCAAACCUGGAGUAUCUUGUGCGGAUAGACCGUGUUUCUCUGACGUACAGUGCAAUGAUACAACGGAGGGAGCGCAGUGUGGUCCAUGUCCCGAUCGGUAUGAAGGAGAUGGCAGGAUAUGCCGUUUGAACAAAGUUUGCGAUGAAAAAUCUUGCGAUGCAGGGGUACAAUGUACUGUAAUUGAUCAACCACCGUACUAUAAAUGUGGUGCAUGUCCGGUGGGUUUUAAAGGAAAUGGCACUGUUUGUCAAGAUAUAGACGAGUGUGAUUUGAUUGAACCUUGCGACGUAAGGGUUCGUUGUAUUAAUCUGGUUCCAGGAUUCCGAUGUGAGCCUUGCCCUGCUGGAUUUACAGGUCUUCAUAGUGGUGGUUUGUACGCUGCUACAUUUGAGUAUGCCUUACAGAGACAAAAAUGUAGUGAUAUCAAUGAAUGUUCUGAAGGCUCAGCAAGAUGCGGUACCCAUUCAGCUUGCAUUAAUACUGAAGGAUCGUACGAGUGCCAUUGUAAUCGAGGAUAUAUACGAAACUCGACAAAUGGUUGUCUUGCGGUGGAAGGAAUGUGCUUCGAUGGAACUGUAUGCGAUAGAAAUGCCGUCUGCAGACAUGCUGGAAGCAAUACAUACAAUUGUAAAUGUAAAGUUGGCUGGGCUGGCGAUGGCUUCUAUUGUGGUCUCGAUAGAGAUCUGGAUGGUUGGGCUGAUUUGGAUUUAGGCUGUUCCGAUAGCCGAUGUCGUCAAGACAACUGUGUGAAUGUGCCUAAUUCUGGGCAAGAAGACGCUGACAAAGACGGCAUCGGUGAUGCUUGUGACCAAGAUGCCGACAAUGACGGUAUUCUGAAUAGCCCGGAUAAUUGUCCACUAGUGCACAACCCAGAUCAGUUGGAUACCGACAAAGAAGGAGGUGACAAACAAGGCGAUGCAUGUGAUAACUGUCCCACUGUAACAAAUAUUGAGCAACACGAUGUGGAUAGAGACGGCAUCGGUGAUGCAUGUGAUCCCGACAUAGACAAUGAUGGAAUCCUGAAUGAAAGAGAUAACUGCCCAAAAAAAGCAAAUAUAGAUCAACUUGAUAGCGAUGGUGACGGUGUCGGCGAUGUUUGUGAUAAUUGCCCGGAUGUUGUUAAUUUAAAUCAAUUGGAUUCUGACAAUGACUUAAUAGGGGAUGUCUGCGAUAGUGACAUCGAUAGAGAUCACGAUGGAAUUCAGGAUAGUCGGGACAAUUGUCCCAAACUACCCAAUUCAGAUCAACUGGAUACCGACGGUGAUGGCCGUGGCGAUUUGUGUGACCCGGACGCGGAUAAUGAUGGCAUUUUAAAUGCAGAGGAUAACUGUCCAAUUGCCCACAACCCUGAUCAAACUGACGCAAAUAAUGAUGGUAUUGGCGACAUUUGCGAGGAGGACUUCGAUUUGGAUUUAAUUCCAAACUAUUUGGAUAAUUGCCCCAACAAUUCAAAAAUAUUUGCGACGGACUUUAGAACAUAUCAAACUGUUGUUCUAGAUCCGGAAGGGGAUUCACAAAUCGAUCCCAAUUGGGUGAUUUACAACAAGGGAGCGGAGAUCGUACAAACUCAAAAUAGUGAUCCAGGUCUAGCUGUGGGUUACGAUGCUUUUGGAGGAGUAGAUUUCGAAGGAACUUUUUUUAUCGAUACCGAAAUCGACGAUGAUUAUGUAGGAUUCAUUUUCAGUUAUCAAGAUAAUCAUAAGUUCUAUGCUGUUAUGUGGAAAAAAAACAUACAAACGUAUUGGCAAGCAACACCAUUCCGAGCAUCAGCUGAACCUGGUAUUCAGUUGAAGUUAAUUGACAGUAAUACAGGACCAGGUCAGAUGCUCCGCAACAGUUUAUGGCAUACGGGUGAUACUAAAGAUCAGGUAAAACUUUUAUGGAAGGAUCCAAGAAAUGUUGGUUGGAAGGAACGUACAGCUUAUCGUUGGCUAUUACUACAUCGUCCCAAAAUUGGAUUAAUUCGCCUCAGAGUUUUCGAUGGAGAAACAAUGGUUGCCGAUUCAGGAAACAUUUACGAUUCAACUUUGAAGGGUGGCCGCUUAGGGGUGUUCUGUUUUUCACAAGAAAUGAUUAUUUGGUCGGAUUUGGUGUACAGGUGCAAUGAUAAUGUACCAGAGGCAAUAUAUAGAGAACUGCCUCCCCGCUUGCAGAAAGAAAUUCAAAUUGACUAGAAUGUGCAAUAUUUUGAAAAGGUUCUUCAAAGUUGGCAAUCUUAGACAGUUCUUUUCUUGUAAAAAAAGAAUCAAUAAAACCAA